AUGACUACAAUAAAUUCUUCAAGAGGAAAUACAGAAGUGGUCAGUGCCAGAAGAACAGAAUCACGUGAUGUUUCAGAUAUUAUCAGCCUCUUCAGCCACUUUACUGAAGUAGUUUUUGGAAGGAUUGAUGUCAUGUACCUUUUAGAAAAAUCAAAUCUUGCUUUGACACUCUGCAAUGAGAAGAAUGAGGCUAUAGCCCAUGCUGUCUUUCUGGACUAUCCCAAUUGGAACAUCACUGAUCAGUCUGAUUGGGAAUUGUUCUUACAGGAAAACUACGUUAACAAUAAAUGCACUCCUUUGAAUACAUUGUUCAUGCAUCUUUUUGUGGCAAAAGAAGAAUAUGCCGCUGGAUGUUCCCAAGAAAUUGUUAGGAGAGCUUUUAUCACUGUACCAGAACUGCAGUUUAUACUUCUCUUCAUACCAGCCGAUGAGAACUUAGAGCCAAACAUGGGAAAUGUCUUUGAAAAGAUGAUGACUGCUCCAGGUUCAGUAGCAGAUACAAACUUUACCUUGUUUGUGUGCCCCAGACAUUGGUAUCACCCACAGCUCUAUGUUCGCAAAGCAAGGUUGGAAGAUUAUGAUGAUCUCAUGCCAAUCUGGACACGUCAGAGUAAGACUCUGAAAGAAACCUAUAGUGAAUAUUUCCUUGCUGAUCUCAUAGAAUGUCAAGACGAAGAAAAUCAGGCUGUUGUUUGUGAGGAUGCUGGCACUGCAGUAGGAUUCAUGAGCUUAUGUUCUCAAGUAAAUGUUUCCUUGUUUCAAGAGUGUUUUGACUUAGGGCCUUUCCAUGGACUCUGUAAACCACAUCCUGAAGAUAUUCUCAAAAUGCCACAGAAGCCAAGCAUUCAAGAAGAUGAAGAUAAAAGCAACCAAACAAGUCAAGAAAUGGAGUCUGUUUCAUCUCAAAACUUUGAACAUAUUCAUGAUCAGGAUGUAUCUGUGCAGAUGAAGCUCAACUUGAUAAAAGACCGUUACUAUGAAAUCUUGCGUUUGCUUGAUCCAACUGUUUGUAAAAGAAACAUUAGAAAAGCAAAUAUGUUGAAAGGAUGGCAUGAAGUAAUACUGACUGUAUCUCCAAAUCUUGUCCUGAAGGAGUUACUGCUGACGCUGCACAGCGUGGAUCCAGAAAUAGUAGUUUGGUUGAAGUGUAGAUCGCUGGAUUUUUUGCACUAUGUUUUCAAGCUGUUUCCAGACAAAGACUUCUGUGUCAUCCUCGUACCACAUCAUGUACCAGAGUUCCACCUGAUCCAGAGUUUUGUUCGGGUUGUCCCUCUCUAUACUUCCAAACUUGGUGAGGAGCUUUAUGUGUUCCACCGUGCAGGAUUGCUCAAGUCGUUUAGUGUAAGAAGGGCAACAACCAAUGACCUACUUGGUGUCAAAAUGCUCAUUAAAACCCUUAGCUUGAAUGAAAGUAUAUUGAAUGACUUAAAAAUAUUUACUCUGGCUCGCAGGGAUCCAGAUGGGAUCCCAGUACAGGCUUUCAUAGCAGAAGCUUUGGAUCAAAUAGUUGGUGUUUCUGUCAUCAGAGAUGAAAUGGAUAUUGAGUACAUUCGAUCACAUUACAACAUUGAAGAUUUUAUUCAUUUUAAUCACCACCAGCAAGAAGAGCAUGGACAUCUUUACCACUUUGUCUUGAAUCCUAUAUUUCAUCACUAUACAAAACACUUUCUAAAGGAGAUUCUUCGCUUGGCCCGCAAAUCUUCUCUUUACUAUCCUAUUUAUCCACAGUAUGUGGAAGGCAAGAUUGCUGUCUUUCAGUUUCAGAAUCCCUGUGCCCAUUCCCUGACAUCUGCCCUUCAUUACAUGGUUCCCGUGCGACCAAGACGACAGAUUGUCUAUCCUCUGGAAGAGCUUGGCAUAAACGCUCCAUCAGAGCAGGUCUCCAAGGAUCAGUUGAGUUAUUCUUUGAACCACAUAAAUCGAAAGCUGGUACUGGCAUCUAAAGCAUCUAUCAACACUAGAAUUGUGGUGGUUGGCGCAUCUGAUGUUGGAAUCUCUUUUCUGGAAACCCUCAUUUUUUGUCCGCAUCUGAAGUUCAACAAUCUGACCUUGAUUUCAAUUCAUGGCCUUCCAGGAAAAGACCUACCAGGCUCCAAACAUAGAAGAUUUUUAAUUAACAGCCACUGUUUUAAUGAUGAAGAUUAUGCACAGAUGUCACUUUGUUCCUGGGUUAACGUUGUGGUUGGUAAAAUGACUGGCAUAAAUCGCGCUGCCAAAUACGUAGUUGUUUCCAAGGAGAAAAAAGUACCAUAUGACUACCUUGUUCUCUGUACUGGACAGAAAUACCAGGUCCUGUCUCCCACUGGUGCAGAUAUCAGUAAACUCCCAACUAACAGAGAAGUCAUAAGUAAAUGGCCACAAAGAUACACAGGGAAAGUCCCUUCCAAUCAUUUUACUCUCAAUGACGAUCAGGACUGCUUAAAGGCAAUGCACUGGCUGAAAGAAAACAUUGUCAACUCGGAAGGGAACGUCAUUGUCUAUGGGAAUACAAUUGACAUUUACACCACGGUAGAAACCCUCUUAUCUCUUGGAAUUAAUGGUUCUCGCAUACAUCUCGUACAGCCUCCACUCAGCUCAAACGUUACUUGCCUUAACAACAACGAAAUCGAAAGUGCUGUUCAGGAGGCACUAUCAAAGGCUGGCGUGUCUGUUUAUUGUGACAGUAUUCUGGCACAGUGGAACGGAGGCGACGACCCAGACCUUAUCACAUGUGCUGCUUUCACUACUAAUACAAAACCAUUUAAAUUGCAGUGUUCCGCAUUUUUUAGCUUUGCCUACAGAGCAGUGGAUUAUGAAACCUUUAAGGCAAUUAAUGAUGCUUGCCUUGUUUUUGAUGGAAGACUUGUGAUUGAUACCAAAUUCCAUACUAAUGAUGUCAGUAUCAGGGCUGCUGGUCCUUUAACAAAGUACUCCAGGAGAUACUGUGUAGAUGAAUGGACACACAGCAACUUCAAUUCAAAAGAGAUUGGCUUUGAGCUUGCUGCAUCUAUGCUGAAUCUCUUUGAUCCAACCCGUAAGCCCUUUUCUAAGCCACCAGAAGGCACAGAUAGACUCAUCCCCAUGUACAAAGGGUGUAAAAUUAAAGGAGGUGUUCUUCCUGGGGGUUAUAAUUACUUGCAUAUUUCCAAACCAGAAAUCCCCAUCCGCUUGGACUUAGAACUUGCACUGUGUGAUCAUGGGCUGGAGAUUAUAACCGGAGAGGCAAGACAUGGGAAUUAUUUCAGAAUGCAUAUCAACAAAUAUAAUAUGGUAGACAGCAUCACCUGCUUUUCAAAGGAACCCUUUCCUGUCUCCAACUACAUUUGCUUGUAUGGACAGCAUGAGCGUCUUCUUAAUGAUCUUUAUUAUCGCUGGAAUGAAGGGCAGAUUACAGAUCUUUACAGCUACUUCAGGGAACCUUGGUCCAUGGCCAUCUAUCACGAUCGGUUUAUUGAUCUCAAGAAGGAACUGCGCCAAAUCCUGAUGUCGGAACAGAAAACAAGCAGAAUCAACUGUAAAUGGAGGCAGGGUGACAAAAGGAAGGGAUGUUGCGUAGACUGUAGCCCACCCAUUUCCAUGGCCCAAACUGGUGUGCUGUCAUAUGUCACAGCUGUAGCCCCACAAACGCUCGACCCCUGCCUCCUCCCAGAAGGGCUCGAUGCAAUUUUCCUCCUAUUGUCAUGUUAG